UUCCGGUUACCUUAAAAAACCUAUUAAGGAAAAAUGGAGGUAAUAUAGAAGAUAAUAAAUUGAUUUUAAAAGAAUGGUAUAGAAUUUGUCGCAAAUAUAUGUUUGGCAUAUGGAUUGAACGUACGAAAAAAAUAUUAGAAUGGGAAAAAUCUGUGGGAAUAACAAAAGAAAGAAAAAUGGGAAAAAGUUGUGGUGUAGGACUCAAAUAUCCCGAUUAUACUGAUACAAAAAAAAAUCUUGAACAUUCUUCGGAAAAAAUAAUCAACAGAACAAUUAAUGCU